AUGAUAAGGUCACUCACAUCCAACUGUUGGUUCUACAGGGCUGUGCUGAAGAAUAACAUUGGCAAAGACUUGUCUAAGAUACCCAUGCCCGUGAUGAUGAACGAGCCGCUGUCUAUGUUGCAGCGUCUCAGUGAAGACCUGGAAUACUCACAUCUGCUGGACAAGGCAGCCAAAUGCACCACCACACACGAACGGAUGUGCUACAUCGCAGCGUACACAGUCUCUAGUUACGCCACCACCUACUACCGCACCAACAAACCCUUCAACCCCAUGCUGGGCGAAACAUAUGAGCUGGACUUGUCGCAAGACAAAUCAUACGGAUGGAAGACCAUAGCUGAGCAAGUAAGUCAUCACCCACCCAUUGCAGCAAUGCACACAGAGAGCAACGAGUGGGAGAUGUGCCAGCAGUUUAGCAUGUCCUCCAAAUUCAGAGGCAAAUACCUGUCCAUUAUACCCACGGGUGUUUCUUGGAUCCGAUUCAAAAAGACAAACGAGAAGUACUCGUGGACCAAAGUGACUACCUGUGUGAACAAUAUCAUCAUCGGCAAACUGUGGAUAGACCAGUACGGCGAUAUGGUAAUCAAAUCACACACAACGAAUGACGUCGCCAAGAUAAAGUUCGUGCCGUACAGUUAUUUUUCGAACACCACGCCUCGAUCGGUAGUCGGAACUGUAGAAGACGGUAACGGCAAUGUGGCCUACAAUCUCAACGGCACCUGGGACAUCUCUAUGAGUCACUCGCCUGUGAACGACCCCAAGAAUAUCACGACGGCCUGGACGGUGAACAAGCUGCCUGACAAUGCAGAUAAGAUGUAUGGCUACGGCUACUUUGCCUGUGUGCUCAACGAUCCCCAAGGCGCUGUUGGGGUAGCGCCCACAGACUCCCGACUUAGACCGGACUUGCGUGCUUUAGACUCGCAAGUGUAUGACCUGGCGGAAGCCGAGAAGCUCCGACUGGAAGAGAAGCAGCGGACCACACGGAAGUACCGAGAGCAGCAAGGGAUUAGUUACACACCCGCCUGGUUCAAGCCAACCAUGGAUCCAGAUACCGAACGACCGAUACACGCCUUCACGGGUGAGUAUUGGAAGCAGAAGGAGGCCGGAGAUUGGUCGAAUAGCAACUUAAUAUACUAAACAGUACAAGCGGAAACCAGCCACAAGUGUACUCUACAAAAAAAGGCAGUGUAGCACUAACCCACGCUUGUCGUAUAGUCCGUAUCACUGUACAACAGUAAUCCUGCUGAAUACAGUGGCACAGGUAGUAGUCUGUGGUCACUUAUGAAGUAUCGAUAUAAACCUUAUACCGUGUCGAAUCGAGUGUGCGUCAUAGAAGGGCUCUCUCACCAAUCGACCGUGUUCGGCAAGCGAGAUGUACGCAUUGCAACUGCGACAGAGUGUGUAGUGUAUGUGUACAGACCUGCUUCUCGUUAUCAUUCAACAUGGGCAGCUCAUGGUUAGGUUGCAUAUAUGUAUUGCACCCAUCCAGUCGCCUCGGCUUGUGCAUUGCCAACUUCGAACUCGACGACCAGAAACGCAGACUGAAGACAACAACCACCUGCAAAUGAGGUGAACACAUAACAUUGUACACACGAAAGAAAACAACCACCUGAAAAUGGGGUGAACACACAACAUUGUACACACGAAAGACAACAACCACCUGCAAAUGGGGUGAACACACAACAGUGUACACACGCUCGCUGUGUGGAACGCAUGGCUGAAAACAACAACGAUAAAUAAACGAGCGACACACCCCC